CAAUUGGUCAUUUUACCAAAGUUUUAGUAGUUACACUGCCCAAUACCCAUCUGAUCACUUGGUUCUUAUUGUUUUCCUAGUCCUACUCUUCAUUUAUUUUUCUAUUUCAGCACCCAACAAGUUUUUGUGCAAUAGGGAACCUUCAUUUACAAACGAUUUUAAUCCGGACCCUAAUCACAUACACUUCCCAAUACCUGAAGAGAUUUUUCUAUCCUUUCUUACUUGGAUACAGUCAGAUAAGAUAAUUCCCACCAACUUCUUCACUUUGAUACUGAACAAAGCUACAGAAUUUUUUAGCCAACAACCAAAUCUAACAGAAAUUCAACUUGAAGAUGAACAUCAUUUGAUUAUCUGUGGUGAUCUCCAUGGCAAUUUGAUUGCAGCUUUAAGAGUUUUCGAAGAAACUGGUUUACCGAACUCUCGGAAUCGUUUUGUAUUCAAUGGCGAUUUUGUCGAUCGAGGAACCAAAUCAGUCGAAGUGUUAAGUUUAUUGUUGAUGGCUGUAUUAACUUACCCAACUUAUGUAUUUCUUAAUCGGGGAAAUCAUGAAGAUAUCAUGGUGAAUGAAAGGUAUGGAUUUGUAAAAGAACUAUCAAAUAAAUAUUCUAAGGACAAAAAUAAUUUAAUUCAUUUAUGUGACAAAUUGUUCUGCUCUCUACCAAUUGGAGCUAUCGUCAAUGAAAGAAUAUUUAUCUGCCAUGGUGGUAUAUCAAAACAUACAGAUCUUAUGAAAUUAAAGCUUCUAAAUAGAUUUAAACUUUCCUCACUUCUACAACCAUGUUUGGAUGGGGAUAACUGUGUAAAUUUUAAUGAUUGGCAACAGGUUUUAGAUUUAUUAUGGAGUGAUCCUCAAGAUAAAGAUGGAUGUAGACCCAACGGUUUCCGUGGUGCAGGUUGUUAUUUUGGUCCCGAUAUUACUGAUAGUUUCUUAGGUACAACAAGUUUCUCUAUGAUUAUUCGAUCUCAUGAAUGCCGUAUGGAAGGAUGGCAUAUUUCCCACUCAGGAAAAGUUCUAACUAUAUUUUCAUCAUUCGAUUAUUUCACACUACGCAGUAAUGAAGGUGCUUAUGCUUGUGUUACUGGUAGGAAGUCUAAUCAAAUAACCAACCCAAACGCUAUUGUUUCUCUGUAUCCGAUAAAAUGUGUACCAAAAGAUACUUUUUCAACAUCGCUUAACAUCUAUGUGAAUGUAUUUGUUCUUAUGCGAAUACAAGAUCAAUUGUUAGAUAAUGACAGAAAAUUAAACGAUCCUGUUAAUAUGGCAUUUGUGUGUUUAUGGCAACGGAUAAUUCGUCGUAAAGAAAAACUCCUGGAAUGUUUCAAUCAACUGGACAUUUAUAACUCAGGUAUCGUCUCACUUACUGAUUGGUGUGAUAUAAUGACUUCCGUAACACAUCUAAAGCUUUCCUGGCGUUGUCUACGUCCUUUUUUGGCCAACUUAUCUAUUGAUCAUACAGACCAGGUUACUUACAAUUCUAUGUUCACAGGAAACUGUGUGAUACACCCAGACCUUCCAAAUGAAAAUUCAUUGGCAAACGAAAUUUUUGAAUUGCAGCCUCAUCUCUUGACUGUUGUUCAAGCUUGUCACUUUAAACUAAAUAGCGUCAAUUUGUACAGUUUAGUGGCUAAAUUAGAAUUAGCUGAUUACAAUGUACAAAUUGUUAGAUUAAAAAUUGUUGUAUCAAAACUGAUAAAAUUACUAAACAAGAGUGAUGCAGUAUCUUUUAACUUGGAUAAAUUCUUGGCUUCUUUUCAUUUCGUGGAAAUUGAAAAACGUGUUAAAAUUUAACCAACAAAAUUGAAUCUUCCCUGGUUGAGAAGUUAUAUGUAUAAUUGAGCAAUAUCGAGAAUGAUUAUUUCCAUUCGAACUGUUUUUAUUCCAUGUUACCUAUUUAUCUAUUUUGUAAGAUUUGUAUUUAUUUGUUUGUAGCUUGUCUACUCUUAUUUUGUCAAUAAAAAUACUUCAAUAUGUAUGUGAAUUGUUUGAAUUUACUAUAUUUCAAAAGACCAUUUAGAAUGGAAAAUUGUUUUAAAGGAAGUCGACAAAAAAAGGAUAAACUCUAAAAAAACUUACUCUUUUGCAUUAAUUUCUUUUAAAAAUAUGUUGUGAAUUUACGUUAGUUUUUUGAUAAAAUCUAGACAUUAUACUUAUAGUUAUCUAAUUGUUAUCAAUCCAAUAUUUUGGGGACCAUAAAUUAUAUUACAUGUUAUCCAUAUUCAUUUAGUUCUUAUUUUUCUCCAGAUUUUGGAAAUAUUAUUAAUUUACGAAAUCAUCAUUGAACAGUAAUAUAUUAUUCUGUCUUUUGGUCUUUGUAUUUUAAAUGUUAGUUUUUAUUUGUAAAUCAGUUAUUUUAAAUAGAAGUACAUUUGAAUAA